ACAUAACAUGAGACACACCACCAUCCUGUCUGCAGAAGCAAACUGAUUUUUACAAGAGGGCCUUUUGAAAUAUAAUAAUCAUGCUUUUCCAAGCACUUUUUGAGUGUAUGGACUUCAGUGGUUGGCUGCUGUUGAGUUUUGUAGCGUUGAUCCUGAUAGAUGUGAUCAGAAACCGGAGACCACACAGCUUCCCACCGGGACCCUGGGCUGCUCCACUUCUAGGAAAUGUCCUCACAGGAAUGGACUUCAAAACAGUAGAGAAGCUUGCUCAGGAGUACGGCCCAGUGUGCAGCCUGAGGAAAGGCAGUGACAGGGUGGUGUUUGUUUCGGGACAAAAGAUGAUCAAAGAGGCUCUUGUUCACCAGCUGGACAGCUUCGUUGAUCGACCGAUCAUCCCUCUCUUCCAUGCUGUAUUCAAAGGGCUCGGCAUAGCUUUAAGCAAUGGUUACCUGUGGAAGAAGCAGAGAAAGUUUGCCAACACUCACCUGCGUUACUUUGGAGAGGGCCAGAAGUCUCUGGAAAAAUACAUUGAAGUGGAAAACAACUUCCUCUGUGAAGCUAUUAAAGAGGAACAAGGCAGGCCAUUCAACCCGCAUUACAUCAUAACGCAUGCAGUUAGUAACAUCAUCUCAUCUGUGGUCUUCGGACAUCGCUUUGAGUACAGCGAUCAAAGCUUUCGCAAGGUUCUAGAGUUGGACAAUGAGGCUGUUGUGCUCGCUGGAUCUCUUCGGGCUCAGCUGUAUGAUGUAUUUCCUGGCUUGAUGGAGUACCUGCCAGGACCUCACCAGACUGUCCGUGCCAACUACAAAGAGAUUGAGGCUUUCCUGAAAAUGGAAGUAGAGAAGCACCAGGAGGAGAGGAACCCAGAGGACCCUCGUGAUUAUAUCGAUGUAUACUUGGGAGAGAUGGAGAAGAGAAAGGAGGAUCCUCAGGCUGGCUUCAAUGUUGAAACCCUGCUGGUUUGCACCCUCGACCUGAUUGAAGCUGGCACAGAAACCACUUCCACCACUUUACGCUGGGCCCUCGUGUACAUGAUGCACUACCCAGAGAUACAGGAGAAAAUCCAGGCAGAGAUAGACAGAGUGAUCGGACAGUCCCGUCAGCCCACCAUGACCGACAGACCCAGCCUGCCUUACACUGACGCUGUCAUCCAUGAGACACAACGGAUGGCGAAUAUUGUUCCCAUGGGAUUCCCCAAAAUGGCCAGUAAAGACACUACACUGGGAGGAUACUUCAUACCCAAAGGUACAGCCAUUAGCGCAAGUCUUGCAUCUGUGCUGUUUGAUAAGAAUGAGUGGGCGACUCCAGAUGUCUUCAAUCCUGAACAUUUCUUGGAUUCAAAGGGCCAGUUCCGCAGAAGAGAAGCCUUCUUGCCGUUUUCAGCAGGUAAACGUGUGUGUUUAGGGGAGAACCUGGCCAAGAUGGAGCUGUUCCUUUUCUUUACGUGUCUCCUCCAACACUUCACCUUCUCUGCUGUUCCUGGAGAGAUGCCCAGCUUAGAGGGUGUGAUGGGCUUCACCCAUUCCCCAGAUGAUUUCAGGGUGCUCGCUGUGCCUCGCUGAUUUGCUCCCACCUUUCCUCAUACCUGCAUUGACACAACAAAAUCCAUCCAUCCAUCCAUCCAUCCAUCUAUCCAUCCAACCAACCAACCAACCAACCCAUCCACCCAUUACCAAAAUUAAUUAAUAUAAAAAUAAAGACGGUCAUCUUUUCUGUGGGAAUUUAGUGAUCUAGGGCCAUGGUUACAUUUGUUAUUACAACUUUUGCCAUCCGAUCAUGCAGGGUUUCAUUAAUUGUCAAUUCUGCAUGCUCCGAGAUCUUGCUUACAUUUGGGUCUGAUUACUUUGACCGAACGCUGAAGUGGCCUAGCUUGCAUUUGGGCAAAAUGAGGGCUGGAGUACAGUUGAGAAUCAGCUGCUCUCUCAAUAACAAAGCAUGUCUUAUACGUGCCUGCUGCCAUUACAAAAUAAGAUAAAUGUAAAGAAAAGGAGAAGGCUCUUUCUUGUACCAUUUUGAAUACACCUGUUGCAAGGAAAUAUAUCCAAUCAGUGUCCGAUCAGGCAGGCAAGUUUCAAUUGUAACCACUGCUUAUUUCAGAGGGUAUUUGCAUUUUUUAAGUCAAAGGCACCUGGAACUGCUUGUUAUUACCAAAACACUGAGCCCAAUUAUAUUUGAUUUGCUUCCAAUAGAGAAUCAAAGCACCUAGAUCUAUCUGUGACUGCUCUGACAAGCUUUUAUCUGCUAGAUUUGAUGAUAUGGUCCUUGACAUAUGACAUUCAUAAACUUUGUAUCCAUUGCAUAAUGUCAUGGUCCAACUCAUUUCCAUUUAUUUCCAUGCAGCUGCACAAUGGACCUGUCUGAUGCCUUUUAUUCCCACUGCACUUUGUAUUGUUGGCUUGAUUCUGUUUACUCUAUAAACUUGCAAUUUCAGUCUAAGGUCACUAAAAGAUAGAAGUUUUGCCUUUGAUGUGUGUUGUCAUAUUGCUGAGCUGAAGUUGUUGCUCAUGAGUUAUUUGCAUUUUAUUAUGGUGUUUAGGCGUAAUAAUUGUAUUAUUACUAUUUUAGAUUCCAUCUUUUGUACUCUGGCAAAGAUCUUGUUUACUAAGGGUGUACCUGUAACUGGUGAAUGGUCCUCCUAUGAAGUGGUUUUCACACAACUGUAUCAGAGUACUAAGACUUUAAGAUCAUAGAUAGCAGCUUGCUUCUCAUGUUACAGUUAAACUUUGUAAAGUUUGCUGUGCUAGUAUUAGCUCAAUCUUUAUUAAUCACUGCGCUGACAAGCUUUUAUCUGAUAGAUAUGAUGAGAUGGUCCUUGACAUAUGACAUUCAUAAACUGUGGAUCCAUUAGGUGUUGCAUAAUGUAAUGACUGGAUCAUCAAUCAGUACUAAGCAACAGGAGAUCACUUCAUAUUAUGUAUUCAUAAAUCCAUUAGCUAAUAAUGUAGUAAGCAUGAGCUCCAAAUUUCCUUUAUAUGUCAGAACAUAGAUGGAAAUAGAUAACUGCACCAACACAUGUAUCAAAGUCUCACUUCACAUACUUUCCAAAAAAACACACAACCUAAGACAAUAAGCUUUCUUUUUUUGUAAUGACAUAAAAGUGCAUAAAUUGUCCCUCUUUACUUUUGUAUGAAUUAUCACUGGAUUAAGCUGAAAUGUAUGAAUAUAUUAAAUAUUCGCCUCUAAUUUUGUUACUAGUAAAUUACAAAUGUAUUUUGUUGCAGAUACGUGACAAUUUAUUUGUGUCUAAAGUCGUGGCUUAGUCAUUUUCACAUCUUCUGUAAGUAGGGAAAUUAUAAAUCGUGAAAGUUUGUAAAAAAAUCCGUAUUAUGGGUGUUUUACUCUGUUAAACCAAUAAAUGACUUAAGUUGGAUUCUUA